AUGAACAAUGAUGAAUUGGCUGAACAUCACAUCGAUACAGGGCACAUUCCUAACUAUAACCAAACCAAGGUGGUGUGUUCUGAAAGUCACACUAAAAAGAGGCUUUUCCUCGAGAUGCUGGAAACUUGCCAAAAUCUUAAUUCUCUUAACAAAAAGAAUGAUGUCGAUGAAACAAGGGCUAUUUAUUCGCACUUGCUGACGUUGGGUCAUUUCUGUUACGAGCCCUACCCAGCAGUCACCAAAUCGAACCCAAUAAGCAACACAAAUUCCUUGAGGAGGCAAGAUAAAGCCUCGAAACCUCUUCAAAAGUCCACCGAAGCCUCGUGUAAUUGUAUGGGCAAAAAGACUAAAAGGAAAAGCAGGGCGUUUUUCACUGGCCUGGCUACAAACUUAGGAAUAUGUAUUUUACUGUUUGGGUACACUUUGAUUGGAUCUGUGAUCUUUUUGAGUAUAGAAGGAGGUCAUACUUACCAACAUCAAAUCCUAGCAACAACCUCGUUAGCAACAUCAGAUAGUACUAGUACCAACAACAAAAAAUACGUUAACCAAACAUCGGAAAUGAAAACCAAAAACGACAAGUCACGUACCAAGACUGUAGAAAACUUGUGGAUAAUUACCGAAGGACUCAAUAUUUUGUAUAAGGAAAACUGGACCAUUUUAGCUGCUCAAGAAAUAACUAGGUUUCAAAACGAGCUUUUAGAAUCCAUGAAAGAAGAAAUCGCUCAACAACAGCCAUUGAUGGUGGCUAAAGAUAGAGGCCGGCAUGGGGAACAUUUCGAAUGGACUUUUGCCAAAGCUUUUUUGUAUUCUUUGACUGUUUUGACGACCAUAGGUUAUGGAAGUAUUGCGCCCAAAACAUCCCUAGGGAAAGCCGUGACCAUGGGCUAUGCUAUGUUAGGGAUCCCUCUAACGUUGCUGUACCUCUCGAGCGUCGGCUCUAUUUUGAGCAGAGUGGCAAGGGGCGUUUUUUCUAGAGCUCUAUGCUGUUGUCUUUGCUCUAACUGCGGCUAUUGUUGUUACGACGAGAAGAGAAUGGCCGAGAAGGAGAGAAGACUUAAAAGAAAACGGCAACAGCAGGAACUUCAGCAACAAAUAAGUGUCCAAGAACCUUUCUACGUCCGCUCAAAUUCAAGCUACAGCAACAACAUCCAUUCCCCCUGUAGAGAUAGUUCCGGCAAAGAAAUUGACAGUUUGAGCGGUACCGACAACGAGUCAAAAGGGUCUAUGCACGGCUGGAGCAUCUUAGCUCCAAUUCUGCUCUGUCUAGUGAUGAUGUUCAUUUACAUUUGCAUUGGCACGUUUGUGUUGUACAAAUUGGAAAAUUGGUCACUGCUGGAUGGUUUUUAUUUUUGUUUUAUGAGCCUGACAACCAUUGGAUUCGGCAACAUGGUACCAGGCUCGGAUCCCUUUCCUGAUUACGACUCCAGCACGACCCUGUGGUUCUGCUCAAUUUAUAUUAUGUCCGGUAUGGCGCUGACGGCCAUGUCGUUUAAUGUUGUUCAUGAUGAAAUUGUACAUAGGUUAAAACACCAAGAAAGAUUGUCAGUCCCCAAGCUCAACUCUGCCAGUUUUUCGGACGACCUCAACAUCAACGACCCUUAUAAUUUAACGUCAUGA